UCCUUUGGUGGGAUGGGGGAGCCCAGCAGAGCUGGGGGGUGGCUGCAGGUCCUGGAGCCCUCGGGGGUCUCAGAACCCUCAGGGAUCCUGGAGCCCUCAGGGGUCUCAGAACCUUUGGGGGUCUCGGAGCCCUCAGGGAUCCCACAGCCCUCGGAGAUCCUGGAGCCCUCAGGGGUCUCAGAACCCUUGGGGGUCUUGGAGCCCUCAGGGAUCCCACAGCCUUUGGAGGUCCUGGAGCCCUCAGGGGACCCAGAGCCCCCGGGGGUCUCGGAGCCCUCAGAGAUCCUGAAGCCCUCAGAAGUCCCAGAGCCUUUGGAGGUCCCGGAGCCCUCACAGGUCCCGGAACCCUCAGAAGUCCCAGAUCCCCCGGGGGUCCCGCAGCCCUCGGAGGUCCCAGAUCCCCCGGGGGUCCUGCAGCCCACGCCACCCCCCGAGGUGCUGGAGGGGCUCCUGAGGCAGCGCUUCGGGCCCCUGCCCCGGCCGGCCGCCAUCACCCGCCUGCGGUGCGGCCCCAGCGGGGCCUACGAGCCCACCGGGGACCCCAGCGAGGCCCUGGAGCGGCGGCAGGCGGCCAACGCCAAGGAGAGGGAGAGGAUCCGGAACCUCAACAGCGGAUUCUCUCGGCUGCGGAGCCUGGUGCCGCUGGUGCCGCGGGACCGCCGGCCCAGCAAGGCCGACACGCUGCGGGCAGCGGCCCAGUACAUCCGCCUGCUGCGGGGCGUGCUGCGGGACACGGGGGGACCCAGCGGGGUACCCCCAAACCCGGGACCCUGCCAGGAACACGGCACUGAGCAGGACUUGGGGGACGCUGGAGGGGUGUCCCUGGGGGGGCCACCUGAGAGCAGGCCUGGCAGUGCCCCCCCGUGCCCGUGGGGACCCCCCAACCCCGGGGCACUGCUGAAGACUGAGGGGAUGGUCUUUCCUGACAUCCCUAAAAAUCCGGGGGGCCCCGCCGGGGUCUCCCCCGAAAGCCAAGUUCAAGGCUCCAGUUCCCAUUUUGGGGUCACGCUCCUGCCCUGGAGCACUGCACCCCAAAACUGGGGGAGCAGGGGGUCUGUCACCCCUGAAACGCAGAGGUCGGAGGCGGGGGGGCAGAGCUGUAAUUAAUUGCUUUAUUAAUUGUAAUUAGUAAUUAGCUGCACCUCCCCCCAGGUACGUGCUUAUUAACGAUUGUUAAUGCAAACCCAAUUAAUUGCACAAUAAAAAGGGACUGUGGGAGCGCCA